UCCUUUAUCUCUAGCUCAGAUCUGGCUCUAUCUCAGACCACAGUUGAUGGCACAGGUCAGAUCCAAGUCAACCCCGAGUAUGUAAGUUGGGUAAGGCAAGAUCAGCUACUUGCAAGCUGGCUUCUCUCAUCUCUCUCUGAAAAUCUUCUAGUAAUGAUGGUUGGAAAGAACACCUCAAAAGAAAUCUGGCAAGCCGUGGAGUCCAACUACUCAGGCCAGUCCAAAGCAAGGUUAAUGCAGUUCAAGCUGCAACUCCAGACCCUCAAAAAGGGUAACCUACCUAUGAGAGAGUUUCUAUCUCAAGUCAAGGCUUGUUGUGAUGCUUUGGGAACAGCAUGUGAACCUUUAAGUGAGCAAAACCAUAUCCUUCACAUCCUAGGUGGCCUGGGUCAAGAAUAUAAUGCAGUAGUGGUUGUUGUGACCACUAGAAUUGAGGCCUAUACUCUAAAUGAGGUCCACUCCAUGCUUCUUAGCUUAGAAUCCAGAAUGGAUCUUCAAACUCAACCUACAAUCAACCUAGAUGGCUCAAGCCCCUCAGCUCACUAUGCAUCUCAAAACACUGGAAACAACAACAAGGGAUCUACAAACCAAGGAGGAAAUCAGUUUCACAACUCUCAAUCUCAGAAUCCCUUUGGCAGAGGCAACAACCAUAACAACUUUUCAACCAGGGGGAGAGGAAGAAAUGCAAGAGGGAGAGGGGGCAGGAACUUCAGAGGCAAUUUCAGAACCCCUUGCCAACUGUGUGGCCUCUCAAACCACACUGCAGACAGAUGUUUUCAUAGGUAUGACUCAACCUACCCUGGGCCAACAAAUCUGCAAGCACAAGUUGCACAAGCCUCUCCACCUCAAGUCGUUCAACCCACAACACACUAUCUCAACCAAGCAAGUGACACCAUGACUGAAUCCAGCUGGUUUGCAGACUCAGGGGCAACAAAUCAUGUCACCAAUGAACUAUCUAACCUUAAUCUUGCCUCAGAAUUUCAAGGUACCAACAAACUUCAGAUAGGUAAUGUAACUGGUUUAAGUAUUUCUCAUAUUGGCAAUUCAUUUCUAAAAUCCAACCUUCAAUCUAAACCUUUCCUGCUAAAGAAUCUUCUUCAUGUGCCCAGCAUCACAAAGAAUCUUGUUAGUGUCUCACAGUUUGCUAAAGAUAAUU